AUGACUGCGACUACUGCUGCGAAAACUCCCACCGUUCGCGUUGCUGCGGUCCAGGCCGAGCCCGAAUGGCUCGACCUGCCUGCCGCUGUGCGCAAGACCUGCUCGAUCAUCCAAGAUGCUGCGCGACAGGGCGUGCAGCUGAUCGCCUUCCCCGAAUGCUGGAUCCCCGGCUAUCCAGCCUGGAUUUGGACCCGGCCAGUUGACAUGGAGCUCUCGGUGGCCUACAUCCGCAAUUCGCUUCGAUACGGCUCCCCGGAGAUGGAGCAGAUCCGUACUUGUGCGAGGGAAAAUGCCAUCAAUGUCGUGCUGGGUUUCUCCGAGAAUGAUCAGGGGUCGCUGUACAUUUCGCAGUGCCUCUUCACGAGUCGCGGCGAGUUGAAGAUUCCUCGUCGCAAGAUCAAGCCGACGCAUAUGGAGCGCACUAUCUUCGGCGACUGCACGGGGGAUUCGCUGCACAACGUGGCUGAUACCGACGUGGGCCGCGUGGGUGCUCUCUCCUGCUGGGAGCAUGCCAAUCCGCUGCUCAAGUAUCAUACCUACCACCUGCGUGAGUUCGUCCACGCCGCCGCUUGGCCCCCGGUGUACCCUCAUUCGGGCGGUGCCGGUCUCUGGAGCAUGUCGCGAGAAGGAUGUCGGAACCUCUCGCAGACCUAUGCCGUAGAAUCGUCGACCUUUGUCCUUCACGCAACCAGUGUCAUCUCCGAGAAGGGGAUCGUUGCCAUGGGCACGGCAGAAGGGGAACUGAUGAACAGACCUGGCGGAGGCGCGACCGCCAUCUACGGACCGGACGGUCGACAACUGACCGAGGAUCUUCCCGAGACUGACGAGGGACUUGUCAUGGCUGAUAUCCACGAAGAUAGAGUGUUGGAAACGCUAUGCUUCCUGGACCUUUGUGGACACUACAGCCGGCCGGAUCUCCUCUGGUUGGGGGUUGACUCGCAGGCCAAGGAGCAUGUUCGGCGCGCAUAG